CCUGCGCAGGUCUGGAGAUGCUUGGCUCCCAACCGAGUCUGGAGCCCAGGUCAGAUCAGAGCCUCUGGAGAAGAGACCCUUCCUCUGCCUGGCAGCCCCUAAGAGACUCAGAGAGGCCCCCAUGGCAGGUUUCCUUCUCCCACCCCCGCUGAUCCUACUGCUGUCCGCAGCCCUGGGAUCUGCUGCACAGGAAGCCCAGGAUGACAGGAUCAGGUACAGGAUUCUAUAUUCAGACCCAUGCGAGAUAAGGUCCCGGCCCUGGCAGGUGGCCCUGCUCAAGGGUAAUAAGCUCCACUGUGGAGGCGUGCUGGUCAACGAGCAGUGGGUGCUCACCGCUGCCCACUGUGUGAUGAGUGCAUACAACGUACACAUGGGCAGUGAAGAGCUGGGAAGAAGCCAGAAGAUCAGGGCCACAAAGUCAUUCCGCCACCCCGGCUUCUCCAAACAGACCUAUGAUAAUGACCUCAUGCUGGUGAAGUUAAAUAGCCAGGCCAGGCUGUCAGACAGUGUGCAGAAAGUCAACCUGCCUUCCCGCUGUGAACCCCCUGGGACUGAAUGUACUGUUUCUGGCUGGGGCACCAUCACCAGCCCUGAAGUGACCUUUCCAGAGGAGCUUAUGUGCACAAAUGUCACCCUCAUCUCCUCUGAAGACUGCAGGAAGGUUUACGGGGACGCGCUGGGAAAUUCCAUGCUGUGUGCUGGCAACCGCGACUCCAGAUCCACUGCCUGCAUUGGUGACUCGGGGGGACCCCUGAUGUGCAAAGAUACUUUGCAAGGCCUGGUGUCCUGGGGAAGAUUCCCUUGUGGCCUAAUCAACGAGCCAGGUGUCUAUACCCAAGUCUGCAAGUACGUUGAUUGGAUAAAUGACACCAUGAGAAAGCACCGCUAAUCUCUCCAUACACCCAUCUCUCCAUCCCUACAGUCUGAAUAGGAAAUUCACGGAAAUAAGGACAUCGCUGACCUACAGCAAUACUUGACUUUACCUUUCCUCAAAGACCUAUCAAAACCUCAACAAUAUGCCAUGUGUGUAAGCCAGUCAAGUCAGCAAGGACCUAAAACCAAAGCAAGAAAUGCAAAAACCUCCGUGCUGGUAAAGGGGUAGUGAGACCAGCACUCUUGGCCACUGAAAGUGGAAGUUCAUACAAUUUCUGUGGAAGUUGAUUUGGCAAUGUGACUCAGGAGCCUUGUUCUCCACAUUUGACCCAGUAAUUCUAGGUCUAGGAAGAUACUACUAAAAAAUAAAAAAAUAAAAACCCAAAAUGUGGAGCAAGGUUUGAAUUUAUCACAACACUAUUUAUCAUAGCAGAAGAGUGGAAGCACUGAACAUGUCCAGAACCUGUGGAGUGCUUAAGUAAACAAUAGGCUGGCUUGAGACAGAAUAUUGUGAAGCUGUUAAGGAUAAUAACUGUGCAGAAUUGUUAGUGUUACACGAGGAUGUUUGUGCUGUGUGAUGUUAAAUGAAAAAAGGAAGAUGCAGAAAUAUAUGUGCAUGUCAUCCUCACUAUGUAAAAUGAAAAUAUUCACAAGAUAAAAGCUGAAAGCACAUGUACCACACUGCAUAAUGUGCUAGUCAUGGGGUGCCUGCUUCCUUCCAUUUACUUUUCUGUGGGUGUACACUUUUUUCUUUUUUUAAGCUCUUUAUUGGAAUGUAAUUGCUUUACAC